CCAGAUCUCUAUGGCUCACAGAUGUGCACAGGGAAGCUCCCAGAGGGCAUUCCAGAGCAGUGGGCCAGACUACUACAGACCUCCAACAUAACAAAACUGGAGCAGAAGAAGAACCCACAAGCUGUUCUAGAUGUUCUCAAAUUUUAUGAUUCCAAAGAAACAGUUAACAACCAGAAAUAUAUGAGCUUUACGUCAGGAGAUAAAAGCGCCCAUGGAUACAUAGAAGCCCAUCCUUCGAGCACAAAGACAGCAUCAGAACCACCUCUAGCUCCCUCUGUCUCUGAAGAAGAGGAUGAAGAUGAUGAAGAAGAGGAAGAUGACAAUGAACCUCCACCUGUUAUCGCACCACGGCCUGAACAUACAAAAUCAAUCUACACACGCUCUGUAAUUGAACCUGCCGCUGCACCAGCACCAGCUAAAGAAGCCACCACUCCCCAGCCUGAAAAUUCAAACACAAACACUUUGUACAGAAACACAGACCGGCAGCGAAAAAAAUCCAAGAUGACAGAUGAGGAGAUCCUGGAGAAACUGAGGAGCAUUGUGAGCGUGGGAGAUCCUAAGAAGAAAUACACUCGAUUUGAAAAAAUUGGCCAAGGGGCAUCAGGAACUGUUUAUACAGCAAUCGACAUCGCCACAGGACAAGAGGUGGCCAUAAAGCAAAUGAAUCUCCAACAACAGCCCAAAAAGGAACUAAUUAUUAAUGAAAUCCUGGUCAUGAGGGAAAAUAAGAACCCCAAUAUUGUUAACUAUUUGGACAGCUACCUAGUCGGUGAUGAACUCUGGGUGGUAAUGGAAUACUUGGCUGGAGGCUCUUUAACUGAUGUUGUCACAGAGACAUGUAUGGAUGAAGGACAGAUAGCAGCUGUCUGUAGGGAGUGCCUGCAAGCACUGGAUUUCCUUCAUUCAAACCAAGUGAUUCACAGAGACAUCAAGAGUGACAAUAUUCUUCUUGGAAUGGACGGAUCUGUCAAAUUGACUGAUUUUGGCUUCUGUGCUCAGAUCACCCCUGAGCAGAGUAAACGGAGCACAAUGGUCGGGACUCCUUACUGGAUGGCACCAGAAGUGGUGACAAGAAAAGCAUAUGGCCCCAAAGUGGACAUCUGGUCACUUGGGAUCAUGGCAAUAGAAAUGGUGGAAGGAGAACCUCCUUACCUUAAUGAAAAUCCUCUCAGGGCGCUGUAUCUGAUAGCUACGAACGGGACACCGGAGCUGCAGAACCCCGAGCGGCUGUCCGCUGUGUUUCGAGACUUUCUGAACUGCUGCCUGGAGAUGGACGUGGACAGGCGAGGGUCUGCCAAGGAGCUUCUGCAGCAUCCAUUUUUAAAAUUAGCCAAGCCACUCUCCAGCCUGACUCCUCUGAUCAUUGCAGCAAAGGAAGCGAUUAAGAACAGCAGCCGCUAGCGCUUCAGGCCGGCUUUCUCCCGUGCCAGCUCAGAGCAGGACUGAGAACAAAAACUCUAUGAAACCUCAACUCUCGUGCUGCAGGACAGAUGGACGGAUGAACAAACCAACGGUCACAGUCAAGGAGGUAGGAGGGAGAACAACCCAGUCCCUCAAGGAGUAAAA